CAAUGAGAGCGAAGCCUCCCCUCGCUCUCUGGACUGGCGCGUCAGAGAUUGCCUUUCGCCCCGUCGGCUGGCCGCGGUGGCGACUCUGGGGAGGCGCGAUCCUAUUGGCUAGACUGCAAAGCGACGCCCCCAAGGGCGGCUGGAGGACUUGCGGAGGGCAGCGUCGUCUUCGCAAUAUAGACUUGCACGGUUUGUAGUUGCAGCCUAAUGGAACCGGGAGGGAGCGAGGGAAAGAAAGAGGCUAAUCCCAACUGGUGAUUUGUUGACUGAGAGGGGCCUACUGAGAACGACUAAGGAGCAGUGGAAGAGGCUCUCUUUCUCCCCCUCCCUUUUCUAUCCUUCCAGUAUAGGCUUCAUUCUACCAGCAGCGCAUUAAGGAUGCCUGAUGAUUCUCCAUUGUGCCUGAAGUUUUAUUCCAGUUGCUGUUAGCACAAGCAUAGUCUGGAAUCGGCAAAACCAGAAAUCGUCUGUAAUGAAUGAAUGACCAGGCCUUUGUGACCCUUGCUACCAGUGAUGUUUAUUGCCAUGGAGCUCUGGUUCUUGGACAGUCCUUGAGGAACUAUAGCACAUCUAGAAGGCUGGCAGUACUGAUUACACCUCAAGUCUCCAGUGCAAUGAGGGCUGCCCUCAGCACCAUAUUUAACGCGGUGGUCGAUGUGAAUGAAAUUGAUAGCAAUGACUCUGUGCACUUGGCUCUGCUGGAGAGGCUGGAACUGGGUGUAACCUUUACCAAACUUCAUUGCUGGACUCUUACUCAGUAUAGCAAAUGUGUCUUCAUGGAUGCGGACACAUUGGUCCUAUGCAAUAUUGACGAACUGUUUGACCGGGAAGAACUCUCAGCAGCUCCAGAUUCUGGCUGGCCAGACUGCUUUAACAGUGGUGUGUUUGUUUUCCAACCUUCUUUAAAAACCUUCAACCUCCUCCUGCAGUUUGCAAAUGAACACGGUAGCUUUGAUGGAGGUGAUCAGGGACUGUUAAACAGUUUCUUCAGCAACUGGGCAACAACAGACAUUAACAAACACUUGCCCUUUAUCUAUAAUCUAAGCAGCAGUGUUGUCUACACCUAUGCCCCAGCUUUCCAACAUUUUGGCAAAGAUGCAAAGGUAGUCCAUUUCUUGGGACCAGCAAAGCCCUGGAACUACAAAUACAAUCCUCAAACAAGAGCAGUUGUAGAAGAUGGCUCAGCCUCAUUAUCUCAGAGUCAGCUCUCAUUCCUUGAACUCUGGUGGACAAUAUACAGUUCCAGUAUAUUACCAUUACUGGAAAAAUUGCAGGAGUCUUCUGUGCCACAAAUCCAAAGAGAAGAGCCUAAUUUGAGUGGUGAUGAAGUUACAAUGGAAAGAGCAAAUACUGUCAUUAGCAAUUGUUUGCCAGUCUCAGCAAAUGCAGAACAUGUAUCGGAAACUGUUGUAAAGUCACCUAAUGAGUUACCUGCCCAAAAUUCUGUACAGAAAGCUGAGUGCAGUCUUGAAGUCAAUGUUGUUGAGCCAAAUGAAUCGUCUGCAGAGCCUACUCUUAACCCUACUCCUCAGGACACUGUGAAAAUGGACGAGGUUACCAGUUCUGCUUCAGAGUCUUGUAUUCAGCCAGAACCAGAGGAACGAAGUGCAGAAGAUGAGCGAAGAAAAUGGGAGGAAGGCCACAUUGACUAUCUGGGAAAAGAUGCUUUUGAAAACAUUAAAAAGAAGUUGGAUUCCUUUUUAUUAUAGAUCUUGUUUGUGUAUGCUUAUGUUGACUGAUUGCUGUUUACAUUUACAAUGUAUGUGAAAUCUCCAAGGCUGUUCCUGUUAUGCAGGGGGAAAUGCAAAUAUAAUAACACCUUGAAUAUGGCUGUGCUCACUAAAUGCCACUGCGUAUGUAUUAUGACAGAGAAUGAAACACAAUGGGCUUAUAAAACUGCCUUAUAUUGAGACCAUUGGGUCAACUAGUAUUCUGCCAACAGUAACUUCUAGUCUUGUCUACCUGAGAAAUGUUUAACUGGAAAUGCCAGUGACUGAAAAGGGAAACUUCUGUAUGCAUAUCAUGUCGGUGUUUUAGUGAACAGUCCACGGUGCCUUGCUGCUGCAGCUAUUCAAUCUCCAUUCAUUUUAGUAUCUGAGUGUGUUGUGUUGACAUGAUAAACAUUUUGGAAUCCACUAGAGUGCGCUCUCUCUCUCUCUCUCACUCACUCUCACUCUCAUUCAUGUACGUAGAGAGGUGGUGCUAAAUACAAAGUCCUAUUUUUAAUAUUGAUCUACAUCUCGUUAUGAAAUAUUCCCACCAUCUGAGAUCAUGAAAAAUUGGUUUGAUUAAUGAACCACAUACUGUAUCCUAUUUCAUUCUUCAGCUUGGAGAGUACAAAUCUUGGAAAUGAAAGUUCCAAAAACUUUUAAAGCAGGACAUAAAAACACAGCCUUCUGUGUACAAUACCCAUCUAUGGAAAAUUUCCAUGUUCAAGAAACCCUUUUUCUCCCUCCCUCACCUCAGAGGUGAGGAACCUGUGGUCCUCCAGACACUGUUGGAUUCCCAUCAGCCCCAGCCAGCAUGGCCAGUGGUCAAAGAUGAUGGGAAUUGUAGUUCAGCAACAUCUGGGGUUCCACUGGUUCCCCACUCUUGCUCUACCUAUUGUGUGUUCUCAGGCGAUACAGUAGACUGUUAAGGUGGUCUAUGCCCAUUCAACCAACCUUGCUUGGUAUAAGCUAGUCAUACUCCAAAGCAUAAAUUAUAUCAAUAUGGUAGGGAGGAAUGGGGUGUGCUUGUCUCCCUCUAAAGUCUAUCAUAGUGCUUACAUGUGCACAUUUGGAGAAGAGGAAUGGGGCUGUUUUGAGGCUAAAGGAAUCUUUGGUGUUCAUGUGCUUCCUCCAUGGUGUUCUGGAUCAUGACCAUAGUUUAAUGUUUUCAGGAAUCAUUGUGGGGGAGGGGGGACUUGCUUUUCUGGUUUCCACAGAAUGCUUCUUGGGCAGUGAUCCCCAAUCCUUUUUCCCCAUGCACCACUUGAAAAUUUGUGAGGGUCUUUGCAGAUCCCUUAAUGAUUUUUCUGCCUGUUGUAGUAAUUGUAAUGCACUGUGCUAGAUGCUGUACUGUUUUUAAUUGUAUUUUUAUUGCUGCUUUUAUUUCUUAUAUGGUGUACUGUAUUGUAUUCCAAUUUGAAUUCCAUAGAAUUCAAACUUUAAUACAAUAAAAUACAGUGUAAGAAAUAAAAGAAGCAAUAAAAUACAAUUAAAAAUCAGUAUGAAUAUUUAAUACAACAGCUGUGCCAUCUCCUGUCUGUAACCACAAAUCCCCAGCUAUGCCAUGGAUCACCUGAAUGAAGCUCACAGACCACAGGUGGUCCAUGGACCACAGUUUGGGAACCUCUGUUAUAGGGCAACUAAAAGUCUGCUCAACUUUUUCUAUUGAGAACAAUCCAAAUACAUCUUUCUUCAGGACUUCCUAUAACUUAAGAUGUAAGGAGGUGGGUUUUAUUGGUUGGUACAUGGAAUCAGCACCUCUUACAAUGGUGCUAAUAAAGGACUUGUGUACUGGUUUAUAAAUUGCUAUGGAACAUUAUGUACAUAGGAAGCUGUCUUGUACGGAACUGGACCAUUGGUCCAUCCAGCUCAGUUUUCUACAACUGGCUCGCAGAGGCUCUCCAGGAUUUCAGAUGGGACACUCCCAGCCCUACCUGGAGACUCCAGGGACCGAACAUGGGACUGUCUGCGUGUAAUUCAAAUUGUCUACUACUGCGCUACAGCCCUUAUGUCCCUAUGCAUUUUGACAGCUCCAGGAAGGCAGGCACUUGGUUCAUUUAUCUGCACCUAUCCACAUUGUAUGCAAGUUUCAAUAUAUUUGAGACAGGUGAGGAAAGAGCUUGAUUGCUAAACUAGAUAUUGAAUAUUUAAACUUUAUAUCUAAUCCUAUAAAUAACUGGAAGUAGAAUAGUUGGUACAGCUUUAGGUUUUCUUUGUUGCUCUGGGUGCUCCUUGAUUCAAAAUUUAAACAUAGUAACAAUUUCCAAGGGGGUAGCCUAUUGCAGCACCUUAAAAACUAACACUUUUAUUAUAUCACUAGCAGCUUUAUACCUAGCAUUGUUCAGGAAUUCUAAGAAAACAAAAAAUCAGUGCAGUUUUGAAAAGGUUCAGUGUGCCAUCUUGAUUCAAAAUGGCAUCCAAUUGUAUCGAAACAAAUGAAAGUCUGCUUCUUGAUCUCAAGAACCAUAAUGGAAAAUAUGGUUAAGAAGUGGCCAAAUGCAUAGCAAAAAAGAUAAACAAUUAUCCAAAAUAUAUAGCAGAUAAGCUUUUAUGGACUGGAGUUCACUUCAUCAACUGCAUAAAGUAAGACGGUUAAGUGGACUUUAUUCCACAAGCAUAUAUGCCAUAAUAAAAUUGUUAGUUUUUUGAAAAUUCUAUUUUGCCUAGGAUAACUCUCAUUAGAAACUUGACCUGUAAAUGAGCCACUAAAGGACAAUUCCAGUUUUUAAAUAUACAACUGCCAUUUUUUUAAUCCAUUGUACAAGUUGAGAUGUAUUAAAAUAAUUUCUGCUAAUGUUUGCAUCCCUCCUGUAUUUUACUGUGAAUAUCCCUGUUUCAUACUGGGAAAGGUCAAGAACUAAAUUGACCAUGUGUUUAGCCUUAGCAAAGAGGGAGCUGAUUUUGCCAACAAGGUCAGGAAUAUUCCAUCCAUACUUAUUAUCUUGUAAUUCUGCAUGAAUAUUUUUUGGUUUUGUAAACAUACAUAGAAAUCAAUUUUUUUUAUCCCCCUCCCUUUUUUGUAACUUUAUUCAUUAUCAAA